CACGUAAACAACACUAAAGACAAACUUCACAAAAUGUUUUAUACUAUUCGUUACGCGAAAGUGCCAGACGAUAUUGUGGAAGUAAACGAGACGAGCGAACAGGAAGAUGAAGAUAAGGAGCAGUCAAUAAUUUACCUGCGUCCACCGCCUGCCCGACGGAGAGGAGGGAGGAGACCUGAGACAUGGGUGCGCGUGGCUGCGGCGCUGGUGCUCUUGGCCAUGGUGCUGGGCUUUGUGCUGUGCGAGUGGUCCAGAUGUGCCGUGGAGGAGGAGAGCAGCGGGGGCCACAUGGACAAGGGCGGUCAAGGGCACGAGCACCAUCAUCACCACGGAGGAGAUGACAGUGGGGGUAAUGAGGUUAAAGACCAGAAGGAGGAGGAGGAGGAGGAGGAGAGGAAUAAAGGUAAUGAUGAUGAUGAUGAUGAUGGCCAUGACCCUGACCUUGAUCAUCAUCAUCACCAUCACCCAGGAGAUGAGGAUGGGGAUAAUGAUGGUAAAGAGCACAAGGAGGAGGAGGAGGAGGAGGAAGGGGACAAAGAAGGGAGUGAAGAUGAGUAUGAUCUUGAAGAACACCACGAACACCAUCAUCACCACCCAGGAGAUGAGGAAGGUAAAGAGGAGGAGGAGAAGAAGGAAGAUGAUGAUGAUGAUCAUGAUCAUCAUGAAGAUAACGACCACCAUGAGCACCACCACGACGGUCAUGAUGACUCUCAUGUCCACAAGCACACUCACUCUGGCCCUCUGUUCCACAAUGCUGCCAUCAUCACUCCCUCUGCUGUUUGUUCUAGAGCUGGGAGAAAGCUUCUUCAAGAUGGAGGGAAUGUGGUGGAUGCAGGCAUAGCGGCCCUCCUUUGUCUGGGGGUAGUGCACCCCCAUACGUCUGGAAUAGGUGGAACGUUUUCAGCUAUUCUUUACAAUCACACAACUGGAUCUGUGAAGUCAAUUCGAGCCGUGCCCCCAAAGACUAACCUGAAGUCUUUCGGCCUUCCAGCAGUUCUUCCAGGCAUACAAUGUUUACAUGCACAGUACGGACGCCUGGAGUGGGCCAGGCUAUUUGAGGAAGCUAUUAGCCUUGCCAGGGACGGAUUCCAAAUUGACCAUAUUCUCUCCUCUGCCUUGCUGAUCAACAAGAGAGGGAUUGGCCAAUCAAAGUUGUGUGCUCUGUUUUGCGACGAGGCUGGGCGCGUGAAGCCCGUGGGCUCGAAUGUCACCAACCAGAAUCUAUCCGAGGUGCUGCGUGGCAUCAGCUUAAAUGAGUCCCAUUUCCCGGAAAUGCUGGCCAUGAAAUUGGCUGGGGACCUCUCCCCGAGAGAAAGGCGAGAUUUCGUCCGCGAUGUGCGGCGCGUCCGAGGAGAAAUCAAUGACCCCCUUAUCGCCGCGCGGGAAGAAAAAUACAUCCUCCUCUCGGGCACUCGCCCGUUCUCAGGGCCUGUCCUAUCUGAUGCAUUAGACGGAGCUGCCGAGCUGAUCCACUCCUUGCACAAUCGCACCGAUCUUAACAGCUCGGCUCCCUCCACCCUCAGUCUUUUAAACUUUGUGAGUGAAAUAUAUAACGCUACCCGGACUGAGGGGAUUGGAGGUGCCUCAGAGAGUGCAGCUGUGAAUGCGGCCAGCUCUCAAAUUGGGGUGAUGCACAGCCACGGCCAUGUCUUGGUUAUCUCCGCGUCCCUCAAUAGCCCCUGGGGGUCUGGACGCUACUUGCCAUCCAGUGGUGUACUUCUGAGUGACUUUGUGUCAAAUGUCAGAGCAGGCGCUCCAAUGUUGAACUUCCCUUUGUGGGUGAAGAUGAAAAACAUGGAUGAUGAUGAUGAUGAUGAUGAUGAUGCAGAUGGCGAUGAGGAAGAGGAUGAUGUUCAGAUCAUUGCCGUGACGGGAGGGACGGGACCUGCCUUGUUGAACGCCGCACAGAUCCUAAUAAACACAUUGGAGCGUGGCAUGUCGGCGCAGGAUUCGGUAGAGAAGUUGCCGUUUCGCUUUGCCCAUCGAAACGCCACGUCUGUGGCUGUGUGUGCGGCCUCCGUGUCAAAUGGCACAGACAUCUUCGCUUCGCCUCAGGCUAAGCCAUCGCCAUGGACGGAUGGGUGCUCCGACGACUCAACAGCCAUGCUCUUUCGGCUGUAUGCUGGACACGUGGGGGCUUAUGGCACGCCAGCACUGAGAACACACACCGAUGGAUUCUAAAGGGCAUCAUGCAACAUUAUGCAUAUAAUCAUCAGACCCUUAUUUCAUUCACCUUUUCAAACGGUCCGAUAGACACACAACCACACGUACCGUACACACACACACGCACACACACACCAAAGAUACAAGGAUGUAUUGGUCACAUAUUUAGUCAUUUUUGUAAAGCAUAUAGUGAAAUGAACUGGUGUGUGUAAGCACACUCAGUAAACACACACACACACACACACACACACACACACACAAACACACACACACACACACAUGCACACAGAUGUUAUUUGCCCUGACAUAUGCAAACUCACGCACACAUAAAUAAAUAUUUUUAUUCUGUUCUAUUUAUUUGUAUGUUUAUCCCUAACACAUGCACAGUCCCUCUCUCGUUCUUUCACACGUUUCAAAUUACCUAAUACAGUAUGCAAUAAUCACAUGCUUUUGUUGCCUCAUGUCAGCCUAUACAGAGAUGUAAGGCUGCCCUGUGUACUCCAUGUAAUAGUAUUUUGUUGUCAAAUAAUAUGCACUGAAUACCAUGAAGCUGUGAAUGCACUGAGAUUAUAUCCUUAGAUCACUGUAGUGUACUAGAUUUCAAUGGGCUCUGUAUGUAAUCACAUGCUUUGAAAUGAGAUGAAAACUGUUACUAUUUUUCAUUUUUAUUUAUUUAUGGAGAUGUGUGGUAUUGUGUUAUUAUACUGUCCUUGUUUAUAUGGAUGAACAGUUUUGAAUGUUUGCACUGAAUCUCUCCACAAACUCUGUUGCUGAAUCGUUUGGUUUGUUGCAGAUAGUUCCGUUUUUUUUUUGCUGGAGGCCCAUUUUUUACGCUGAUCUUGUGUCUAGUAAGAAAGUCUUUGCUUUUUUGUGUUUCUCCUGCAUACAGAGAAGUGCAUCUUUGGUCUUCACCUCCUCAUUGAUUUUAUUGUCUCUUUUGAUCCUUUGAAUCAUUUGUCCUCUUCAAACUCGAGCCCAUGCAUUCUGAUGUCUCAUUGCCAAGUCGUAUACAGCACAAACUUUCCUCAGUGUAUCAAGGCCCCUGUCUCCUUUUGUUGCACUGAUAAGUUUGAAAGAAGCAGUGCGGCGGAAUGUACAUGAAAAAGUGUUUGAUGUCAAACUAAAUGGCUCUAUAGUUUUAGAUAGCGAUGAUGACUGAGAAUGAGAAUAAAUCAAGGAUAUUUAAUUUUUAUUUCCAUAUUCGUGUGGUUGUUGU